AUGGGGGGAUUGUCUAAGUGCAAGUCUUCAACGCUUAGUCAGUUAGCUACGCUAUGUGGGAUACCCAAUCAGCCAACAAAAGAGGGUAGGCAAAAAGCUAUCCUUAGAUAUCUUGAUCUCUUUUCUAGAUUGAAUGUACCCACUAGCGCUAUGGCUCAAGGAAACUUGUCUGUCUUGCUGAUGGAUAUUGGAAUAAAGAAUUUCGCAUAUUGCAAAGUAGACGGAAUUGAUAUUAAGCAAUCAGAUAUCAAAAGCAUAGUCACAAAAUCUCAAUGGGAUAAGUGGGACCUCCACAAAGAAUUCGGAUGUGAAGGUCUGGAGCCAUUGUUAGGAAAUAGCAAUGGGGGUGUUCUUGACAGCAAGCGGUAUUUAAGCCAUUUGAGUUAUCUGGUAGUUAAUCGAUUAGCGGUAUCUUCACUGCCCAGGCCUAACGUAAUUGUUGUAGAGACUCAAAGAACCCGAUCAAAUUCAAAUUCGGUGACGCUUCCGAAUGUACUUUUGAAUUACACUUUUGAAAAUAUGCUUUACUCGAGUCUUUAUACCCUAUCACGUUUAGGUAUUGUAGAUCAUGAGUGCUUAAUUGUCCCAAUGAAUGCUAAUAGUAUGGCAAAUUUCUGGAUUAACCGAUACGUGAAAAAACUGUCUCUUGCAAAAAAUUCAAAGAAAUACAGAUUAAGUCUUUUAUUACACUGGUUAAAUAAUCCAAGUUUAUCACCAGUAAGGUUCAAAGACAUUGAAUUACCUCAAGGAUUUGAGAAUCUUAGUAUUAGUAAGAAACGCCAAGUUGUAUUAGGUUACUUAGGAAAAGAAAAAAACGAAAAGCUCGACGACUUGGUAGAUUGUUUACUAUAUAAUAUUACAAUUAAAUUCCAAUUGUCCAACCUAUAUACUCUUGCAGAUAAUUUAAGACUGAAUAUGGACAUUUCACCGUUGGUGGAGGAGUUGAAUUUGAAGCAUUACUCGUUCAUUAGGCCAUUGAUCGAUGAACUUGAUCUCGAAUUGAAUGACGAUUUCAAGUACUUAAAGCCAACCUAG